CGGGAGGAGUAACGAGCGGUGGAACUUCUCAUUAACGAAAUCGCAGCAGCAGGCGAUCGGACUGGUAUUAGAGUUAACGAAGUCACAAAGGUAACUCAUUUUUAUUAGUUGAGGGGUAAUUGGGUUCCUACAGUCUAAGAUCACGAAUACUUGUUAACAAGUAAGAAUAUAACUUUAUUUUAUUGAUUAUCAGGAGUGACAAAAAGCUGUAUUAGGCAGCUAUAUUUUGUAGUGUUACAUCUUGUUUAAUGCAUCGACUCGUCCUCACGCUUCAAUAUUUCACAGACUUUGAGUACGUUGCACAUGUGUGGUUUCUCUUAUGAUUGAAAUUCCCUGUAACCAUAAAACCGUUUGUAAGCAAUCAAAAGGAUCUCGGUGCGGGGUAAUUCUAACCAUAAGCAGCCAAAAAACAAAACAAAGCAAUAAAAACAAAAUUGCACAAAUUAAGUACAGACAAAAUAAGCACACUUUUGACGAAAAUGAGAGAGCGAGUGAAACUUUUUAAUACCUUAAUUCACUUUUGAAAGGUUAUUAGUAAUAUUUAAUCCUGGCCCAGAACUAGUUUUUUUUUAAGCUCUCGCGUUUUUUAUAUCCUUCCAAUCUGAAAAUAAUACUAACUGAUUUCGAAAAGACGUUCAUAAAUAAGAAAUAGAAAAGUAUUUCGGGGGUUCCUGGUUUUCUCUAAGUAACACUGGCUAAUGUUACGGUGGCAAAAGGAGUAGAUGAAAUUACGUUAAAACAUCAACAUUUCCGAUCUCUGUUCAAUAACUCAACAAGGUUAUAUUAAAAAAACUAGAAGAGUCCACUCUAAAAUGAUUUUGGGCUUGUCAAUUGUUCGUUCUCGAGUUUUGAAGAAGGCGUUUGUUAAACUAUUUUCCGCCGCAGUCCGGACAAAGGCGAGUAAUCCGCGAUUUUGAUUGGCCCACGGUAAAUACUGCUUACUCCGAAAAAACAUCUGGCUCGUUCUUUGACUAAUGACUUAAAUAAAUUUUGUAAUCUUUAUUAAACCUAUACCACUAUUUUCGGCCUUAGGUUAAUACUCAAACUCUACUCAGUGCUACUUGAUUUUUAUUGGUCCAGUAUAAUGUAACUCUGGCGAGAUAUCACUGGUAGAAUUUUCCAGCGUAAUAUUACAAUCAUAUUUAUAUAGUCGACUUAAGCAAUCAUCGAAUGCUGGUAAUACAUCCGCCCUUUGGCGGAUAUUUAACUCUUAACCACGCUAUUCGUAAAGAGGGUGGGUGAGGCGCAUGUAAACAAGAUGAAAAUUUCUGCGCGUAUUAUCUAUCCUCAAGAAGGAUUAGGAUUAUAAAAGCUUUCGUAAGCGACCACACCAGCUCGAAUUCAUAAAGUGGUCGCAACUUGAACUGAUCGUUUAAGAGAGUGGGCGUUACUGCGCUUUUCACAAACAUGCGAAUUCUGAAGUUCUAAAGCCAACUGACGAUUGCGUUUUUCGCUGCUGUCAAUCAUCUAAACCGACCUCUUAGGAAACAAAACUCUACAUUAACGUGUUCCAAAGGUCAUGGUUUUUGAUUUGUGAUUGGUGGGUUUCGAUCCGUUUUGUGUGUUUCUGUCGAGGUGUUUCAAGGUUAGUUGCUUGUGAUCGUAGUUAUGAAUUGUGAAGGCCGCUUUUGAACUUUAGAGUAGGCAUGUUUGUGAAAAGCGCAGUAAGCGACCAUGUGAAAAACCUAAUAACGGCAGUCGGUUGCGAGAUUUUAACAGAAAGCUUUGGACAUGUUGUUACCAAUUGCCAAUGGUAUUUUUAAAAUAAUAUUGAUUACACAGUCUUCUGUUACUUCACUUGCGAAGUUCAGUUCGCGUUAAUACAAGACAACGAAGCAUGCGCUUCGCCUCGGUAGAAGAAUUGUGCAUGGGUGACGACACACACACACACACACACAUAAACGGCUACUAACGAACUGCAAACAUCCAUAACAUCUCCAAAAUUAAGAACAUAAAUAGCACUACCAUUUUAUCACUCAUGCACGCAGUCAGUCUUUUUUAGGAGAAAAUUAACGAACAAGACCCUUUUUUUUUUACGUUUUCCCUUUUUUUUCUUUCAACAGAUACAUUUCACCUUAUUGAAGACGCAACUAAGUAAUCUCGCGAUGAACAGAAAUAUUCUAUUUGUUUUUGGAAUUUUAACGCUGCUAACAAUCGCUGUAUUUUUAACGGACAGUAGCAAAUCCCGAGUCAGAUUUCAUGAUAGGCGGUUCUUGAGAUCGAGAUGGAGGCUUAGACCAACAGCAAAACCGACAAGAAGAUAUCGUACCCCGUUGCGUCAGGCCCAAAAUAACCAACACAGCGAUAGUCCACCAGUUUUUACUAAUCAAGAGGACGUCCGUAAAUAUUAUGAUGAUAUCUACGAAAAUGGUUAGUUAAUUUAGAAGCCUUAGAAACUUAGCCUGUGAAAACAGCCGACAUUCUGCGACGCCCACUGAUUUCUCCGCGAAAUGACGUCUGAGACAUGAGCGCAGAAAUUCCAUACUGAUGACGUGAACUACCCCGGUCUGGGAAGUGCUUCUGAUUGGUCGUGGCGAGAGGGACAUUUGCUUUAACCAAUCAGAAGAACUACCUAGAUAUGGGUAGUGACACGUCACCAGUAUGGAAUUUCUGCAUUCGUUCGGCUCAGAGGUCAUUUCGCGGGGACACUAGUGGUGUGUUCACGAAAUGUCGGCUGUUUUCUAAUUAUGCUAUGAAAAUUGUACUUUCCUACCGAUCCUUGCUAAGCGAUGAAAACCAGCCGAAGAAUGCGGCCCUAUGUGUAUGAGAAGAUCAUUUUACGACAAAAAUCAGGCGUUGAACAUAACAUAUGUCAUGUGAAAUGCUCCUUCGGAACGAAUUGUAGGUGUCAUUGGAGCUGUCAGUGGUGACGCUGACAUGAAAACGAGUCGACUUGGUCUUCUUCUCUGAAUACACCGAUUCUAGAAAGACUGAAGUGUAUAUAGUCUGUCUAAGCGAGGCUGAAUGGAACAAAAAUUACGAUAAAAAGAAAUGAUCCACAAAUAAUGGGCAGCUGCAAACUGUAAAAGCGGCUCAGUGAAAAUUAUUGAUAGAAGGGGUUGGUUCAGUUUCGGUUCAGUAAGUACGCACUGUUGCACAGUAAUUGUGGGCCCUUUUCUUUUAAUAAACACUGUUCCGCGGAAGUUUGAAUUAGUCCGUUUCACUUUUUUCGCUCAGCCGUUCUUUGAUGUUACGCUUCUCUUACAUGCAAAGGCAGGAUUUUCCUGGAAUCUGUGUUUCACUACUUUCCUCGCUAGCAAGCUCUUUUCCUAUAUAUGUAAGAAAGAAUACAUGAUCAUGCAGCUGGCUCGGUUAUGGGUGUUUUGAUAUCUCUUGAAACUCAAUUGCUAUAUUGGAUCAAAAUGAAACAAAUAAACUCAAGAAAAUAAAUUAUACCAUUUGUAUAUACGGCUUUAUUCGAGUCCUUUGGGCCACGCUAUUUGAGUGAUUUUUUUUGUAAAGAUAUAUCAAAAUUUGAAUGCCGAAGUUUAUAAUUUACUCACGCAUAAUUUUAUCGGAUCUAUCUAUAUCAGCUUAUAUCGUAAAUUUUGUUAUUUUCUUUUAAAUAUGUUAUUUUUUGUGCUUUUAUGCGUAGGUGAUUUGUCUUAUCCAGAAGACACAAGAUCUGCAGAAAGAACGCUGUUGAGAUGAAUUGCGAUAUAAAUAUUAUAAUAGUUUUGUAAAUGUUUAAACUAAUUUAUUGUAUUAAUAAAACAGUUAUAAAAUGAAAGCGAUGUGUGGGGUGAGGGUUCAUUGAAUUCGAUUCGGCUCAAGUUAAAUACGGCGUCUGAAUUAAUCGUUUUUAGUAUGAAGGCCUGGGAAUCCGAAUGUCCUAAAUUUUACAAAUCCGAAAACAUUUGUGAUAAUCAGGAAAGAAAUUCUCUCUAGUGUAAACGAAGACUUUAUAGAAAAUAGCUCCGCCAUCAGCGUGCAAGAAAUCACAUGUGAGAAAAACGAUACCUCAAUUACAAGUAAUUAUUAUUUGUUUACUUCAUCACGAUGAAUAACUAUUUCCUUUUUUUAGAACAUCGAACUUUUCUAGUUUUGCAUUCCUUUUUCUUGAUUUCUGGUAAAAAAAAAAAAGAGCUAGUCAAGAGUUCUAUUAUUUGUUUUGAGCUCUAUAAGACUGGAUUGGUAAUCUUUGACUGUUUCAUUCUGUGAAAAUGUUGUUUUAUAAACAAACCAAGGUGAACUUAAAUUAGUGUAAAUUUCCUAAGUUGUAUAGAAACGUGUGCCAAUGGUAAUAAAAUAAAACGACUCAAUGCAUGCUGUGCAUGUUUAGCCGGCUAACAUACAGCGUAUCACCCGCCUGGAAUUAAUAGAACAAAAUUAACACAAUAAGUCAUGAAACCCCUGUGAAAUGUUAGUACUUCUAAAAAAUAAUAUUAUAUACACUUAAAACUUCAAAAAAAGUUCAUUUGCGAUUCAGCUUCUGGUACUUUCUAUACUUUCUUCACUCUCCUAUAAAACCGGCCUGCCGUGUUGAAUCGUGCGUUUUUAAACUUCGAUUCUGUGAUGUAACAACUCUUUAAGUUUAGUGAACUGCGCUAGGACCGCGUGGUUUUGGAAUAUAGUAAAUUACUACGUAUUAAACGUACCUUUAUCCAAUAAUAUACUUCUGGAAAUUAUACCGCGAGUGGGAAUGAACUGGACAGGAAAGUAUACGAUGUAUCGCUCUAAAAACCUCUUCGUUCACAUGAAAAAUGUUAUGUUGUCAGCAAGCAAAAUAAAACUUCCAGUUGGGUUAGAUUGAGUAUAACGCUGCUGACGUGAAUAAUAAAAUUUUUAUAGGUCUUUCUUGGAUAAGCAUUUUUGUGAUAAUGGUAGCGGCUGGAGUCCCAGCUGGAAGCAACGCAGGUAAAGUCUAACUCAAACACGAACAACAGAAGCGUUCUUUGAUAAUUUAUAGAGUACAUGCCUCCUUUCAGUUUGUCAGCGUUUGCAACAGUGAUUUCCCUCAUAUGUAUUAAGAACGUUUUCUCCUUUUUUAGCGGACCAAAGUGUCUGCCGAAACCAAAAACACACACACACACAAAAAAAACAAAUAGUAAACUUCUAACAAACUUUCAAGUCUUUCAACCUUACGUCGAGGUGUCGUAGUUUAGUACUUUGCAUAUUUAGCAGCUAUCAGACGCGCCAAGAACUUCACGAGGGUUUGCAACGCGUUUGUUCCAUGGUAUCGCACAGGGAGUCGGAAACUUUUCGUUUUCUUUUACAGCUUGGAAAAGGCUUUGGUAUUAUCCCAACCAAAAUUUUGUUGUUGUAUCAAAGAUAACACGAAAUCUAAGAGUUAUCUUUUACAGGAAUGUUUGCCAGUGUAUGGGUGAUAAUUACUACAAAACUCUGACUUCCACUUGUAGUUAAUAUUGUCUCUUUAUUUUGUUGGAUACUGUUUCACGGGUAUUUUUUGCAAUUCAAAGUAUCUAAUAUUAAACCAAGCAAAUUAAAUUUAAAGGAAGUGAAAUAAUAACUCUGUGACAACAGUUGUUAUUGUUAUUUUAAAUGGUCCGUGGCUUACUUGUAGAAAAUAAUGUUGAAAACAACUGAUUAAGUGAUAUAUCUCAAAGGUUUGUUGACGCAAACGAAUGAUAAUUUGUUACAUAUUUAUGAACUGUGAAGCCUCAGCUCGUCACCAUUUCACUAUUUAUGGAUUUGAGUACAUUUAAUAUUUAUUUUUAGCACCCUUUUUAAUCUUCACACUGAGAUAAGUUCAUUUUGCCUGUAAGUUAUCAUCACGCACCGUGAAAAAAUGAAAGCGGCUGUGGUCAAACCAUAUCACGGAUAGAUUUUGUGUCGACACGAUAAGCUAUCUGCUACAUAGUAUGAACACCUAUCCGAUAUGUGACUCUCCACUAUAGAGACCUGCGCAGCUUUGCUCCGUUACAGACUCUCACCGAAAUUUCAGGGCGGAAAAACGUAAUGAGCAUGCGUGAACUUUUUUGCCCAGAUCCCCUGGCCGGGUUUGAAAAAAUGGCGGGAUUUCAAAUAUUUUAUUGCCUAAAAAUAAGAUGUUUCCACUCGUAACCUGGAAAGAACAGGCAAUUUGUCUUCAAAAGUUGCAAGCUGUGGUUAUAAUCUUGUCGUUACUUAAUUUUCUCGAAGAAUACCUCAUAGCAAAACGGACUUUAACGACAUCAAUUUCCUUGCGUUGUACUGGAAAUGUGCAUGCAUAGGUCCGAUUUUUUCAAGAUGCAUUCACAAAAUGUGUUCAUAUAAGGAAGUUCCUGGAUAUAUAAGGUCCGGAGCUCCACUGUGGACACAAAAACAACAUAUCUUUGGACAGUGAUUUGCUCAAAAAAAUUAACGCUUGCCCACAAUGUGUUUGAAGGCACUGAACUUGUGGCACUCGAGCUGAUAUUUUAAAACCCUCGCUCGAUCGGAGACUCGUAGUUUCGCAGAUCACUAAAAUAUAAACAGAAUCCUCAAUGUAGAAGUUAUUGCGUUGAUAUGCGGGCAGAAAAAAGGUCAAUCUUUAUCUAGUAAAAUCUUCCCAAAAAUCGGUUUUAAAGCAACUAUAGUUUAUUUUUAAACUUGACCGAUUCGCAUACAAAGAGAUAAAUAUAAAUUAUGCUUUGUGUUGUCAAGUUGAAAAUGCAGAACAUCUGUCAAAAACCUACACGUAAGUAGGAUUUCCUUCAAACAAAGUUAAAAUUACAUUAUUGCAAAAACUUCUUGCUGACAAUGAAGAAAUGAAUUUUUUGUACGAAAACAACCUACCUAAAGAUCUUAAAAGCAAAAGAUCAGUUGCAGUGAGCUUCGCAGCUAAACCAUGAUUCACCAUGUAGCUCUUCUCCUCGCUUUAAUAACUCAGUGAAUAACUGGUCCAUGUGAGGGUCUUCAUUCAAGCAAAUUAAUUAAACUCAGCCAAUCGUUACAAAAUUCAGAAAACUGCACAUAAGGGUAUUUGUUUUGCUCGCUUCAGACAAAUCCAGCUCCAGCAAUUCAGUGUUACGGGCAGAGUCAAUUGUUUUGAAGUGACUGCCGGCAGUUGUCCUCUACUUCACAGCGAGUGAAAUUUAAAAUUUGCGUACAGAAAGUUAUUUCUUAUGAAGAACAGAAACUUUCACAGUGUAGUGGAAACAGGGGCGGAUCUAGGGGGAGGGUGCAGGGGGUGCGCACCCCUCCCUGAGGUGACCUGCGGUUUUCUAAUACAGCUAGUAUUCUGAAAAAAAAAAAAACUAUGUGGUUUAUUGGUUUUGAAGUAGAGCAAGAGACGAGUGCACCCCCUCCUAAAAAAAAUCCUGGAUACGCCCCUGGGAAAACAAAACUAUGUAAUUAAAAGUGAAGAAAACUCUGACUACUUAUAGUAUUUGAGCAACAGAAAAAUGAUUCUUUUCUUCUAGAGUAAGUUUACUGGCCUUCUAGCGGUAUUUCCGAGAAAGUUUUACGGCGCACAAAAUGGUUCUUUGACUGAAGAGAAGGAUAAAGCUGGUUCUACAAAAGGAAUAAAUCUGGGCAUGUGAAAAAGUAUUUACUAAUUUAAAAAAAAAGUGGGUUUUAAUUCAGCCCGGCGAAAGAAGGCGAAAUCAACUCACAAAUAAAUCGAAUGAACAAUCAAAAAAAUACUCGCCUCUUUGGAAAUGUUCAAAACUCUUUAUUCCACCUCAGACUGACGGAAUGAUCCGUUUUUCCUUUAACACUGGUUGUUCCGAGUCCAAAGUAAUUUUCAAGUCACGAAAAACAAAAACCACACAAAAGUAAAAAGGCUUUUCGAGGAGCAAACGUUCACGCCUUGUGCAUUUCAUUCAGUCUUAGUCAGAACUCUCUCACAUGCUCAACACAGUCAACACACAGAAAAGCCUGCCUUGAGCCUGCGAUAAAGGAUGCGCAGAAGCUUGCGCAGAACGUUUUUCCGCCCUGAACACCGAAAUCACCGUUCUUUAUCAGACUCGUACCCAGUCGCUAUUUAUGUGUUUUGGGGGGAGAGAAGAUUGGGGGUUAGGUUGAGGCGCGCGAGGGGUCUCAUGGAAAGGGACGAAGGAAAAAUAGCGAAUCCGAUAUUUAAAACAUAUUUAACUUUUCUCGUGUUCUCCCAACAUCCCGCGCGGGUUAUUAACGGAGUCGUUUCUAUGAGUUUACCGGCACAAUCAAAAGCAUCGGUUUUUAACCAAUCAAAACGCGCGUACUAUCUUGGUUAUUCUAUAAAGUGUGAGCAUAGCUUAAGAAAGUUUGAAUUAAUAAAAUGUUCAAUAACUCAGCAUUCAAUUUAAUUCAUGAUAUAUAUACCACCAAUUCUUCGUGACUGGUUUUCGAUUUCUCUGUAUAGUAUUGAUACUGAGAGCCACACGAGUUAAGUGAUAAGAAAUAAUCAACUAGACGAUAACUGACGAUAUCAGCUCCAAGUUUUAGCGAAUGAUUUCUAACUUAGUUUUAUAUCGGCGAUGAGAACCACGAAAAUCGUCAACCAACCACAGUCUUUCACACUAAUCAACGGAUCUGGUCGGCAACAAAUACUUUCAAAAAUCAGUUCAAAGUUUAAUAUCUAAACAAAGUAUAUUUUCUAACAGUCUAUUAUAACGCGGUUAUUGAAAAAAACAACAACAAACAAACAAACAUACAAACAAACAAAAACAACAGCAAAAACAACAACGGACCCCUGAAGAAACAGCUUCUAAAAAAAAUUAUCAAUGCUAUGGUUCAAACGAUGCCAAUCACCUGCCUCCACGGGUUAAUAGCCCUACCCAGAAAAUCGACACUAUCACCUGAUAAGGAUCUGCGGUAAGCCAUUGAUAAGAGAUACAAUCGUAUACCAUAUCUGCAAACAAUUAAAAUAAACGAACCGUAAACUUAGCCAUGAAAACUAUUUCGAAGAAUUUUAAGGAUUUUUUGUGACUUCCUAUGAAAUCUUUCGACAUCAUGAAAUUCGCGAAAUAUCCGAGAAUCCCCGGGAAUCUGCAAGAGCUUCCCUAAUUGAAUUGCACAUGUCAGAAAAUCCGGCUCGGGCACAUGUAUGUUUAGCUGACGCUAGAAUCCAGUUUCUAGAAAGCUUAUUCUCCGUCAUUCUGCUUAACUAUGGCUUUUACACUUGAAAUAUUAUAUUCAUACUGUCUUGGUAAUGCAAGCCUCAGUUAACUUUUCUUUUAAAAAUUAACCUUGACUUUAUUGUGUCGAACUAAAAAAAAAUAUAAGUUUGCCUUUUUUAAGGUCGGAAGAAUUUCUACAAAAUAGGCUGCCAUGUAUUUGUGGAUCUGAUAUUUUUAUAACCUAAAUCUCUCAACUGCAUGCGUAAUGAGUCCAUUAUCGAGGGGUUUACUUCGCCCCCUGGCAGCGUGAUCAUAGAGAUCAAUCCUCGACAACAUUCGACAGUGCCCAUCCCGGUGCCCACAUGGUCACUAUCGAUCUCACUGCGAAUUGCUCCGCACGGCAUGUAUUAAAAUUACAAUCAUUUAACAAUUCCUAAGUUUUGUGACUUCAAAAUUCGAAUUAAAAUUAUCCAUUAACUACAGUAUAAUCAUAUUUUUCAAUAUUUUGACCCAGACGCGCCGUUAACCGCGGAGAGCCCGAUACCGUCGACGACAAAAUUUUUAAAGCCCUAUUAAAGUUAAAUAAUAUCAAAUAAAAGGUGCAAGAUAAGAUCUAACCUCUCGAUAUUUGUAGCAUGAAGAACCAUAUCGUAGCAUGAAGAACCAUAUCGUUAUCCUCCUUUCAUUAUCCUCCUUUUGAUUUAGUGAUUACGACAAAGAUACUGACAGUAUCCUUUUUUUUAUACUUCUGCCUCUGCACUAUGACCUUUUCUGACACGUGUAACUGGAUCCCGACUCGCACACUGCGAUCACGUGGUUGGAAACAAGCGUUCUAUUGUUGUUUCAAAAUAUGGUGGCCUUGGUUGAGCUGUGAGCGGGUUAAGUUACUUUUAGAUUCUUUAUAUUAAGCUUUUUCAAGAUUGAUCGUCAAAUCUAGGGAGUGUCUGCAAAUGUAAAGUUGUUUAAAUCACGAAUUACAAAUGCCUAUGGAUUGUCAGAGUCUGGGAAUUUCCCAGUUCCGAGGUACGGAUCUUGAACUUCAAUUCUGGUGCGCUGGGCAGUUAGAAAUUCCACAGUGUUCUUCAUAUCCGCUGUUAGAUGUGAGUUUGAGAGAUUGAUUGUUCCUUCUUUACGAUAAAUUUGAUUAUACCAUAUAAAAACUAAAUUAGCCGAGUAUAUGCCCUUUCAAAGAGAAUUGAUAUAAAAAUUUUCGUCUCAAGAGACAAUUGCAUUUGCUAUUAUUCUAUCAGAAUGAUCUAUGUGUGUUAUGCAUGGUUCAAUUUGACCUGUUACCAUGCCCCCCGGCAUACCCCUAGCCUGCGUAGCAUGGCGGUUCUGUCGGGAGCACGACUGACCAACGCGCGCAAAGCGCGCACGAACGAGUGGUGGCGGCAGCGUGAUUUGUCCCAGCCCCUUCCACCAGGACAGUACCGUUUCAAAAAAUUUCAAGCGCAACUUAAGAGACAAGAAAAUGACCUCGCAUCGAACGCGUGCGCUUCCCUCACUAAAUCUGCAUGAAGAAAAAGUGAGAGACAGUUUGCAGUCUAAUACGAAGUAAGACUUGUUACACUGCUGUAUAAUAAACACGGAAAAGAUGUUGAUAAAAACCUAAUAAGAAGGUUAUAUAGGCCCCUUUUAGCAGUAGAAAUGCGUAACCCAGUUUUCGAAAUGAUAAAAAAAAAAACCAAACAAAAACGAAAGCCCGAAAGACGAAAUAACGAACAACAACUUAAAAAGAAUCUUUAGCGUGCCAGCAUUAAUUGAUGGCGCGAACCCUUCGCCGUGGGACUGGUCGCGAAUCUUUAUGGAAAACCGCUUGCCAGGUGCAGUUUUACGGUUUCGCGCCAAAAGAAAUACAUGGUCAUAAUAUAAAGCAUAGCAAAUCCUUCUGUAAUGAAUCGAUUCGGAGUGUAGACGCAUCGGAAUUAAUCGCCGUAUUUUUUUUAAGAAAGCAUAAUCCGUAUUUCAAUUAAAAAAGAAAAACUGCAACAGUUGUUUCGACCAACGGUAUAAUUCGCCCCCAUAUAUUUUGUUCAGAUUAUUAUUAAUUCAAACUUCAACUAAAAUAAACUUUCAAAGCAAAAUUCCUAAAGGCCAGGAAAUCUCCUUGCCGAGAUUGUUCUAAAACUUUCUCUUCGAUCGACCUCUUCUAAACAUUCAUUUUACCGCGGAAACUUUUCACGGCCACCGUCAUGAGGCGCGCUGCAAACUUAGAAAACUGAUCAGCUUACACUGAAAUUCCUGCAGUUAUCGUAAAUAACUUGGGUCAUAUCCUAAUAAUCCUCAGAUUGUAUUUAUUUUUAUGGCACGAACAAGGGUGGCGCUUUUACGUAAAACAGCCAUUCGAAUAUCAGAAGUUUCCGCCAAUCCAAGUCGGCACUAAAAUGUUUUUCGAACUGUGUACGGUUUUCGGUAUUUGUAUCAUAUAUAUUUUGUUUCUUCCAACAACUAACACAACUAAACAUGCAAACCGUCAGUUGACAAAAUAUAGAAGAACAAACUUAUUGAGGAAGAGCUUACCGUGUUUGAUUGGGGAAGUUCUUACCUUGAAGAUGUUUUUCAGUUUUUUAGGGUGAUGCAGAUGGAAUUUUUUCUGGGCAUUCACUACUUCAGAGAAACUGUAUUACACUCCUUGCACUAAUAAUAAUUCCUUUUUCUUUCAGGAGGUCAGUCCCGCGUAACUGAUGAAAAGUAUAAGACUGAUUGAAUGAUAGCUAUUGCCAUUAUAACUUUCGUAUUUUUGAGAAAAAGCUUUUACACCAUGAUUUUUAUAUCACCUGGGUUUUGUGGUUAUUACUGGUGCAAAGGUUAAGUAAAAGAGGUAUUUCUUUUUAGAGUGAUUCAUUAGCUUUUAUCGUUUCUUGAAGCACUUAUAAGAUAAAGAAAAGUAUAUUUUAAUGUAAUUUUUGUUGAGUAGGCGAACCUUCCAUAAGCUUGAAUGCCGCUGUUUUUUUAUUAUUGUUAUUUUUUUCAUAUUCCACUUUAUUUGCUUUGUUUUUGUUCAGUUUACUUUAACGACUUUUAGAUCCGACACCGAAAACACGAUACUCGGCAAAAACAAGUACUGGUCACGACUUUGGGAUAUUGUCGCAGCUUACUGUACCAUCCGAAAUCUUGUUCCUGUUACUGCCGGAAUAGCGCAUAAAUAGACGUUACAGUUAGAUUAGUGCGAUAAGCGAUUUAAAUUAAUAAAUUAAAAAAAGUAACUUGUAUUUCAGUGACUCAAUGCAAGUUGUGCCUACUUGUCUAACCUAAAAGUCCCUAAUACUUUUAAUUAUAUGUACGGCAAAAUAUUCCUUCGAGGACUCAAAGCGAUGAGCUUUUUUUUUAUUUUAAUGCAGAACCAGUAAAUAUACAUCACUUCUUAAGUUUUCAAAUUGUUUAAUUAACAUUGAAUUAUUUAAAUUUCAUGACGUUAUAAUGGUUUAGGCAAUCCCAACAUCACCUUUCAAGUUCUGUUGAGCGACUUUAGCAACUAAAUGUGGACAGCAUAUGAGAAAACUGCACAUUUAGACUAUUACUCAGUGAAUUAUUUCGGUAUAGCUUGUCGGAUCGGGCGUCGAGAGGUUUAAUUGAUAUUUGGAUUCAGAUACUUCAAAGCUCUUCAGAAAGGGAAUUUAACUUUUAUUGCAGCUAUCAUGAUACACCGGAAGACUCUCACUUACAAUUUUUUUAGUGAUUUUAUAUAUGAAAAAGCCGUUGUAUUUAAGUAAAGUGGUAAGAGGUCUAGCUUCUUUGCAUAUAAGUUAUCUUUACUGAACAAAUAUCUCUUAACGAAUGCCUUUCGUACCGAUAUCAGUUCUACAUAUGCACUUCUAAAUUGAAUUAGCUCAUCUGAUUAUUUUGUAAAAGUAGGUAACGCAUUGAGCAGAGGUUUUCGUGUGUACGUAAUGAAUGAAUAAUAUUUUUUCCAUUAAGCUAAAAAUCAUGUCUUUAUAUUUAACUUGCUGGCAAUGAUCUUAAAAAUGUUUUCAAACUUUUGUAUAUCGGGUAGCCUGGAGUUGAAACACUUCUUUCGACGUUCAACCUUUUUGUGCUCGUACCGCACAGACUACAGCAAACUAUUAACGCCAGUGUCGAUUGCCCUUAACCUUCAUCUAUAAUCUGAUAUUUCUACAACGAAUUGUCGAUAAGAUUUAAGGGAAAAAAAUAUUGAAAUUAGAAUAACCCUACCAUUGCUGACCAAAGGUUGCUAAAAGAACGUGUUAGUAAAAAGGGCACAUUGGAACAGAGCACAAUAAUUAAGUUCUGUCUCAAACUACUUUUAAAGUCUUCGUUAAUGAAAGUGUGAAUUUGAAGCUCUGAUACGAUAAAAACUUUAAUGGAAUGGGCGUACUCAACGUUUAACAUAUUUAAAUGAGAAAUCAAGUUUUUCUUUUAUAAAGAUUGAAUUUUUUUCUCUGCUGCUAGAUGACUUGACAGUGUAAAGAACAGAGAUCUAAAUGAAUAAACGCAACUUUGGUUAUAAAGCAAAAAGCUGAAGUAGGGAAAGUAAACGUAUUAGUACUUUGAACCAUUUAAACCAUAACUUAUAAAAAGGGCGAGAAUAUCUUUUUAUCCGAAUGUCUUUGAAUUUUGCUUCUCUACACCGCUCAUCGAUUGGUCCUUAUUCACUUCUACAGAAGUAAAUGCAAGAGGAAAAUAUUUAAGUAAAAAAGAAGAAGAAGAAAAAAACCUUUUGAUUAUAUUCAAA